AUGGAUUUCUGCAUGUCUCUGCACGAUGAUAUAACCUCUGCAUUGGGGGUUAAGGUUUCCCGCCCUGCAUUGUACAUAUACAGUAUAGCUGGGUUGCAGGUUGAUGCAGUGGGAGGUGCCGUUGCAAAUGUAUAUUUGCGUCAAGCUGAGCCUAUGGUGUUCAAUCCUUGA